CGUCCCACUUGUCUUCCCCUGUAGUCUGGCACUCGCAUCUCCCUGGUCGUCGAACGCGUCGUCACGGAGCACCAGGCAUCCGAUUAUACCAUCCAAUCUUCAAUAAGCAACGACAGUAGCCGUGGACAUGGACACCUACCCACCCGAAUUUGUCAUUCAUCUCCAGCCGACGUUGGUCGUCACCGGCCUCACCUCCGUGGAGGAAGCGUCUCAUCAUGGCUCUACGAAUCCAACACAGACCAACAGCGACACCCCACCACCACCACCACCACCACCGCGGCCAGGAGCUCAUGCCGCAUCGGGCUCAAGUCUAGAGGCACAGAAGGCUGCGCUGCUUCACGCAAUGCUCGAACGAAAUAAUGUCUCCUACUGGGAUAACACAAAGGGCCUUGCAGGAUCUCUAUUCUACGUGGUCCCAGAGCAUCGAAGCUACAUCCUGCCUCCAACACGAAAGUUCCUUCAGCAAACCGGUCAGCAGCAUCUUUUCCAGUCUUCGUUGUCGCCUUUUUCGCCUUCUUCGCCUUUAUACCCUGAUGGACUGGUGAGCCCCUUGUGGGUACGAAGACACCGCGAGCAGAUCCCGUCAGUCUUUAUUGCUAUUGUGGAUCUAUGGGAUCGGGAAUCGAUAGUCGGCAAUGAAAACAACGGACAUCGUGCAUUCUCGGACAAGGGUCCUCUAGGCGUCAUUGAUCCCAUGGAACGCGAACACGACAUCGUGCUUGCCCAGGAGCUUUUAGAGCGUCGGAAAGCCGCCCAGGACAGACUGGUCAAAUUUGCAGCCGUUAUUAUCCUACAACGAUCACACAUGGAGGACCCAUCGAUCGAGGACCGUUUGAAUUUUGUACGUAAGUCUGCCGGACUAGACAUCAAGAACUCAUUUUACGUCCUUCCGCCAAGCAACAAACAGGAGAUAUCCGACUUUGCUGUCAAUUUACAGCGGUCGCAAUACGAAGGCUCCAUGAACUACUACAAGGAGCAGGUCAAGAGACAUAAGAAGAAGAAAUCGAAUCUGCCAGCGACAACUGCUAGUGUGCGGCCUGUCCAACAGCAGAGUGUAGGCGGCCCUCAGCAAACACAACAACAACAGCUUCAGCAGCAACAGGGAAUCUCUGUACAGGGCUGGAUGCUGCGAUAUGAGUUCAAGAUGGGCAUGUUCUCAGAGUGCAAGCAGGACAUCGACAAUGCAGUCAAGCAUUACGAGUCUGCCUAUGGACUACUUAUUGACAUGUUUGCUGUCACCUCCACUAUCACGCCUGGCGCGCCGGGACUGCAGGCUCGCACAAAACGGUGGGCAGAGGCAAAGGUUCUUGCGGACUGUCUGUGCUUAAAGAUUUGCAAAUUUCAUCUGUACCUGGAUGCCCCCUCAACAGCACUUUUCGUCUUCCGUCGCCAUUUGAUUGUCUUCAAAGCAUUCUCAGAGAGCUGGCGAAUGGGAGAUGAUUCGUUUGAGUACUGGGCAUGGCUAGGAAAGCAGUACAGGGUUUUUGGAGACCUAUUGGAGAUUGGAACGAAACUGGGCCUCAAAUUGCCGGCACCCACACCUGGAAGCGUCGUGUAUGGAUCGUUUGCUGGAAUGUCGGAAGGAUCGAAGGACCUCAACAAGUUUUCAGGGAUCGGGCUCGGAAGCGGCACCACUGGAUUCGGUAUUGGUCCUGGUGGAGAUGCCUUUGUGUACGGUGGCAAUGUUGGAGGAGGUCGUGGUGGCGGGACGCAUGGCCCCGGGGCUGGCAUCAACCCCAUACUGGUGCUCCAGCACGCCGGAUUCUUUUAUCACCAAGCUGCCAACUGUAGCGUACAACGGCGUCUUCGUUUUGAGGCUGCUGAGGAGGCAUAUCCGGAUAGUGAUGUGGCACCUGUCCCUACAGCCAGCAAACCAUACCCGCCAUCGCUCCAGUCCAUGAAUGCGGAACGAACCAUUGACCACCUGGCAUUGACCAUUGAGCUACUAACAAAGAGCUAUGAGCAAUUCAAGCGCUACAAGGCUGGAAGAAUGACAUUGUUCUUGGCAUCCGAGAUUGCAGGGACCUACUACACUGCUGGAAAAUUUGAAAUGGCUUUGAAGUUCUUUGAGAGGAUUGGAAAGACAUAUCGCAAGGAAGGAUGGACACUCAUUUUGACCUCUAUUCUGAAGUGGUCUGUUCAAUGCGCAAAGGAGCUUGGGUACUGGGAGAACGUGGUCGAGUUUUUGAUCGAAUUACUGAGCCCCGAUAUGCCAUCAACUGAGGUGAAGAGGCAGAGCGUCUUUGAUGAGCUUGUCAGCAUCCUUUAUACGGACAUUCAUCCCGCCAACACUACUGUCCACAAACCGCUGGUGCUUUCGAUGCCACAGAUCAACUCUUUCGUUGGCUGCGCUAUUCAGUUCCAGAAGCGCCAGGCGUUUGUAUCGUCGGAGAGCAGAUUUCAAGUUCAGCUCUCUACUCAAGGCGGUCAGGGAGCGCUGCCCAAGCCGUUCAGGAUCUCAUUUGUUUACGUCGAGUUUUCAGAUGCAACGCUGAACCAUCGAUUUGAAGACCCACGGUCUUAUACCCAGGAGGACACACUCCAAAAUACAACCAAGGUGCUAAGUACAAAAGACCAGACAGGACGGACCAUUGACUGGAUUGACUGUACGCAGUGCUUAUUUGAGCAAGACAAUGGCGACGGCACUGCGGACGAAGCUCCAAAGAGCUCAUGGAAGAAGAAUGUGAACUUAGACAUCCUUCCAUUUGGAACCAAAGUUUUGGAGGGCAUUAUCGUGCCAGCCAAUGAACAAGAACUGAAGAUCGUCAAAGUAACGUUGGGCAUUGUUACGGAUCACUGGAAUGUCAGGUUCGAGUUCCCGUCGCUGGAUGUCGCGCAGGAGCAGGAAAAUGGCGUUCCACAACACCAUCUCUUGUCUCAGCAGAAUGAGCCUCUCAAGCGACAAUGGCUAGAGAUUUCCGAGUCCAGAGAAGAUUCUGCGCCCAAGCUGCGCUUCAAGAGCCUUGACAAAGGAGCAAGGCAUCUGUCGUCCCUUCGGGUUAUCCCAAGAGAAUCUAAAGUGGAGAUCAGGACGCUGUUCAAGUCGCCAGCGUACCUGGACGAGUAUUUCCCCAUAAAGAUUAGGGUCCGGAACGGCGAGACCUGUUCGGUGGCCAUGGAAAUGGACGUGGAGCUGCAGCCGAUCGACCCAACCAUCGAAUCUCUCGACAGUAUCGUCCUGGAUGCACACGCCGCAGCGGAAUCUCUCUCAUCCGGCAGGUUACCUUUCUCGCAGACAUUGCCUGGCAUUCAUUUAUCUGCGUCGAUCGACGGAAUUAAUAUGCAGGCUGAAAAGGAGGAGAUUGCUGUUGGUGCUUGGGCAGAACAAACUGUUUUUGUCAAGGCCUUUGAGAUCCCGACGCCGCGGACGAUUGUGUGCAAGGUCCGAUAUGAGAUUUCGUUGGACAAAGAUCAGAAAAAGACCUGGACGGAAAAGCAGCAUUCAUUCAGGGUACUGUUCAUACCUCCCUUUGAUGCAGAGGUAGAUUAUAUCCCACAGUUAGCUAGGGUUGCAGCAAGCUGUCAUCCUGCAGAAGCCGCGGAUGAGUUGCCGUCUAUCUUGAAGCCCAUUCAGGUGGACGACAAACAUGGCGAGGUCUUAAUUCCUGCGUUGACACAGAAGGAGAUGUACUUGAUGUCGACACGGAUCAACAACGAAGGCCCAUGGCCUGUUGAAGUCAAAGAGGUCAGACUGAUCACGGCCUCUUCUGUCGAUGAUCGGGCAGAUGGGCUGAAUGCCGAUAAAGAGACAUCUGCAACUGGAGGAUUGGCCCGAAGCUAUAGCAUCCGAACAAGAGAAAGGAAGAAAAGUUUGCAGGAGGUGGGUGUGCAUGUGGAUCUCGUCGAGAGUGGUAUUUUCAAUCCAGUGGACCAGAGUACCCAAUGCAACAGCGGGGAGGGCGUUUGUGUACAGCAGUGGCAACCGGGCAGCCUGCAGACAUUUAAUUACCUAAUACAGGUAGUCGCUGCGGACCUGGAGUUGGUGCCUGAACAAAUCGACGUUGGUUUCCUGCGUAUCGAAUGGCGAAGGACGGAAGAGGGGGCAGCUGACAUUGUUCCUUAUUCGGUGACCAAUGUGCCUUUGCAGCCAUUGCCCUUACCAAGGGCCGAGGUAUACAUGACAACUGCUCUACCAAAGGUCGCAUAUGUCAACAAACCUUUCACGGCACGAUAUGAAAUCCACAACCCGACAGGAAAACUACACGAGCUCGCCAUGACAGUAGAACCGUCUGAAGGAAUGGUAUAUGCGGGCACAAUGCAGGCAACAAUCAAACUCCUUCCUUACUCCAGUCACCCACUCCAGAUGAGCUGCUAUCCUCUCAGCGCAGGAUUAGUCCGGCUGCCUAGAGUGAAGCUCGUGGUUAACAAACGGAAACCGGCCACAAGGCGUGGUAAAUCAGCGCCACCAGCGCCGCAACAGGGUGCAGGACUACAGGAGGAGGUCCUGGUCAAGGUCCGAGGUGCGAUUCAACUUCAAAAUCCAAGGUCUCCAUCUACCACUGCCACAACCGAAGCUGUCGUGAUCUUUGUCAAACCAGAGUCAGGGCUGAUUAAAUAAAAGAAGGGCGGGACAGGCGCAUAAAGAUAAUAAAGA